AUGCUUAGUGAUCCUGUUGAUACUUUUAAUAUAUUCAAUGUAACACCUGAUCCUGAUGAACUUUCAACUAAGAAUAAAUUACAUGACACAGAAGGAAAUGUUAGUGUAAUAAAACUUUUCAAAUAUUCUGAUUGGAUUGACAUGAUUUUAGUACUAGUUGGACUUAUAAGUUCAUUGGGAAAUGGAGUAAUGCAACCACUCAUGAUGCUUUUGAUGGGAGACUUAGUUAAUAGUUAUAUUUAUACACCAGGUGAUAAUACAAUAAUAGAUGAAGAAGUUAAUCACAUGAUUGUUGAAGGAGUAAAAGAGUCAGUGAAUAAAGUAGUUGUGAAGAUGGUAUAUUUUGGAGUGAUAAGUAUGGUGUUGAGUUUUCUGAGAACAUUUUCAUUGUUUGUAGUUUCACAAAGAGAAGGAAUUAGAGUGAGAAGAUUAUAUUUCAAGUCAUUAUUAAGACAAGACGCAACAUGGUAUGAUUUUCAAGAAUCAGGAGAAUUGACAGCAAGAAUAGCAACAGAUAUUAAAAAUUAUCAAGAUGGAAUUGGUCCAAAAUUUGGAAUGAUUUUUCAAAUAAUCUCAAUGGUUAUUACAGGUUAUGUUAUUGGAUUUACAAAAUGUUGGGAUCUUGCAUUAGUUGUGUUGGCAACUGUUCCAUUAUCUUCAUUUUCUUUCACAGGGUUUCAAAUAGUUGGAAUGAAAUAUGAAACAAAAGCAUUAAAUGUGUUUGGAGCAGCUGGUGCUAUUGCAGAAGAGACAAUAGGAAAUAUUAGAACAGUUCAAUCAUUAAAUCAAGAAAAUGAAUUUAUUGAAGAAUAUGAAGAAAAAAUAAAACAAAAUGAACACUUUAAUGGAAUUAAAGGACAAUGUCUUGGAUUAGGAUUUUCAAUUAUUACAUUUUUCAUGAUUGCAUCAUAUGCACUUGGAAGUUGGUAUGGUUCAUUAGUCAUUAGAGGAAAAGGAGGAAGUAAAGGUGUGUCUGCUGGGGAUGUAUUAACGGUGUUCAUGUCAGUACUAUUUGCUUCUCAAACACUAGCAAUGGCUGCAACACCAUUAAAUUUGUUAUUUUCAGCAAAAGCAUCAGCCUAUAAAAUAUUUACAACAAUUGAUAGAAUCCCAGAUAUUGAUUGUCAGUCUAUUGGAGGUGAAUGUCCAACUGAGUGUAAUGGGAAUAUUAGAUUUGAGGAUGUUCAAUUUGUUUAUCCAACAAGACCAUCUCAUCAUGUAUUAAAAGGAAUUGACAUUGAAAUUAAGAAAGGAGAAACAAUUGCAUUAGUUGGAGCAUCAGGAUGUGGGAAGUCAACUACUAUUCAAUUAAUCCAAAGAAAUUAUGAGCCAAAUGGUGGAAGAGUAACAUUAGAUGGAAAAGACAUACGAGAAUUGAAUAUCAAAUGGUUAAGAAAUCAAAUAGGAUUAGUUGGACAAGAACCAGUGUUGUUUGCAGGAACAAUUCGAGAAAAUAUUAUGCUUGGAGCUAAAGAAGGAAAAACACCAAGUGAAGAAGAGAUGAUUGAAUGUACUAAAAUGGCAAAUGCACAUGAAUUUGUUUCUAAACUUCCAGAAGGAUAUGACACAAUAAUUGGAGAAAAAGGAGCAUUAUUAUCAGGAGGACAAAAACAAAGAAUUGCAAUUGCACGUGCAUUGAUUCGAAACCCAUCUAUUCUUCUUCUUGAUGAAGCUACAUCAGCACUUGAUACACAAAGUGAAAAGAUUGUACAAGAAGCACUUGAAAAAGCAUCUAAAGGAAGAACAACAAUUAUUGUAGCACAUAGACUAACAACUGUUAGAAAUGCAGAUAAAAUAUGUGUAUUUCAUCAAGGAGAAAUUAUUGAACAAGGAAAACAUCAAGAAUUAAUGGAUUUGAAAGGAACAUAUUAUGGAUUAGUCAAAAGACAAAGUAUGGAAGAAGAAGUUGAACAAGAAACCGUUGAAAAUGACUUAAAGAAAUUUAGAGAACAAGAAGAUAAAGAAGUAGAAAAUAUAAUUGUUGAAGAGAGUCAUGAUGAGGAGGAAGAUAUUGUGAGUAAAAUUAAAGAAGAAUAUGAGAAAGAAAAGAAAAUAAGAAAGAAAAGAAAUAGAUUUUCAAUAAUAAGAAUUAUGAUUGAACAACUAAGAAUGAAUUUUGUAUUAUUUAUACUUGCUACUAUUGGAGGAAUUGUAGGAGGUGCAGUAUUUCCAAUUUUUACAAUUAAAUUUAUUGAUUUGAUAGUAAUGAUGAUGGAACUACAAGAUGGAGUUGAACUAACAGACGAACAACAACAUACAUUAGUUAAUACUAUAAUUUGGAUCAUGGGAAUUGCACUUGCUGGACUUAUAUCCCAUUACUUUUAUAUUGGAUUAUUCCUAUCUUCAGGAGAACAUUUAAUAGGUAGUGUUAGAAGAAGAAUGUUUAAAUCAAUUGUCAAACAAGAAAUAGGAUGGUUUGAUAGAAAAGAAAAUCGAGUAGGUUCAUUAGUUACAAGAUUAUCAUCUGAUCCAACAAAAUUAAAUGGAAUUACUGGUGUAUUUCUUGGAAAUCUUGUUUAUAUCAUUUCUACAAUAUGUUUUGCAUUUGGAUUUGCACUUUAUUAUGAUUGGAAGUUAGCACUUUGUGUUAUUGCUGUAUUUCCUAUUCACACUCUUAUUCUAUUUUUCGAUUUUAAAUUAAAUUCAAUGCAAUCAUCUCCAGCUGAAAAAGCAUAUGAAGAAUCGGGAAUUACUCUUGUAGAAGCAGUUGAAUCGAUGAAAACAGUUCAAUCAUUAACAAGAGAAGAAUAUUUCUUAAAACAAUAUUCAUUAAAUUUGAAAAAACCAUAUAAAAAUAUUUUUAAAUGGGGAUUAAUACUUGCUUUAGUGAAUGCAAUUACAAAUUUAUCAAAUUUUAUUGUUGAUGCUUAUGGAUAUUAUCUUGGUACUUAUCUUUUAGCAAAGAAUUUGAAUUAUACACAAACAAAUCAAGGAUUUUAUCAAGAAUUUAUGGAUAGGUAUAUGAAAAUUCAAAAAGCUAUUAUGUCUGUUGUUUUUGCAGCACAUGGAGUUGGAAAUUUUGGAGAAAUUAUUCCUGAUAUUGGUAAAUCAAUGAAAGCAGCAAGACAUUCAUAUAAUUUGAUUGAUAGAAAUGCUAAAAUAGAUUCAAGUGAAAUAAAUGGAAAUACAUUUAAUGAUGUUAAAGGUGAAAUUGAAUUUAAAAACAUACGUUUCAGAUAUCCAACAAGAGCUGAUAAUGAAGUAUUGAAAGGUAUUUCAUUCAAAGCAGAACAAGGGAAAACAAUUGCAUUAGUAGGAGCAUCAGGAUGUGGUAAAUCAACCACAAUUCAAUUAGUUGAAAGAUUUUAUGACCCAACAAGUGGAGAAGUUUUAUUAGAUGGGUAUAACAUUAAGGAUUUGAAUGUUAAAUUCUUAAGAAAUCAAAUAGGAUUAGUUGGACAAGAACCAGUAUUAUUUGCUGAAAGUGUUAUAGAUAAUAUUAAAAGAGGAGUGCCUGAAGGAGUUGAAGUAAGUAAUGAACAAAUUUAUGCUGCUGCUAAAAUGGCAAAUGCACAUGACUUUAUUUCAGCAAUGCCAGAAGGAUAUAACACAAUGGUAGGUGAUAGAGGAAGUCAAUUAUCAGGAGGACAGAAACAAAGAAUUGCUAUUGCACGUGCAUUGAUUAGAAAUCCAAAAGUGUUAUUACUUGAUGAAGCUACAUCAGCACUUGAUACACAAAGUGAAAAGAUUGUACAAGAUGCACUUGACAAAGCAUCAAAAGGAAGAACAACAAUUAUUAUUGCACAUAGACUAUCGACUAUUCAAAAUGCAGAUCAAAUAUGUGUUAUUAUGAGAGGAAAAAUAGUAGAACAAGGAACACAUCAAGAAUUGAUGGAUUUGAAAGGAUUUUAUUAUACACUUGCUAUGCAACAAUUUGGAACUGUGAAUUAA